GGCUGCCGACCUGGUCUGUGUCAAGUGCCCACAGCUCGCAAGAUAAGACAUUCUCCCUGAUCGUGUUCCGGCCUCGUUGAAGAAGCUGUAGCAGCCUCCAGCCGCCCGGUGAGUGUAUCACGUGAUGUCUGUGGACACCACAGCUCGGCUGUGGGACGUGGGGAGCCCGGAGUCCAGCACCCACACGUCUGUGAGCGACGAGAACUCCAAUCAGGUGGUCCGCAUCCCCUGGCUUAUGAGUCUCUUCAUCUUCUUCUACUCGCUCAUCUUCCUGCUGGGGCUGACGGGAAACUGUUUGGUGGCCUUUGUCGUGAUCAGGAACAAAGCCAUGCAGACAAUCACCAACAUCUUCAUCACAAACCUGGCCAUCUCCGAUAUUCUCAUGUGCCUGCUUGCUGUUCCCUUCACACCCAUCUCUUUCUUCCUCAACUCUUGGAUCUUCGGCAAAGCGCUGUGCCACAUCGUUCCCAUGAUCCUCUGUAUCUCCGUCUACGUCUCCACUCUCACAUCCACAGCCAUCGCUGUCGACCGUUAUUUCGUGAUCGUGUACCCGUUCAAGCCCCGGAUGAAGGUCUACAUGUGUGUGCUCAUGAUCUUCGCUAUCUGGAUCAUCUCCAUCUCCAUCUCUCUCCCUCUGGGGAUCUACCACGCCGUAAAAAAGUCGAACGAAUCCAAAGAAUUCAUGUGUUCAGAGCACUGGCCUAAGCCCCAGGCUCGCCAGUUCUUCACGGUGACGAGUCUAGUGCUGCAGUACAUCGUGCCCUGCUCCAUCAUCUCCUUCUGCUACACCAUGGUCUCCCUGGCACUACGCCGCCGGUCAAAGGUCAAGAUAGGCAGCGGGGCGCGCACACGAGAGAGGGAGGAGAUGGAGAUCAAGAGGAAGAAGAGGACGAACAAGAUGUUGAUUGCCAUGGUGAGGACUGCUUAUAGUUUCUAUCUGAACAGAUGCAUGUGGAUACCCCCCUCUCUCUUUUUUUGUCCAUCUAUAUAAAGGAACGUGCAUACC